GAAAGAGAGCAACUCCCACGACCGGUCCGCUGAGUCCGCUGCGGGAGGGGGGCUCUCUGCGAGGGGCACAGCGCACUUACACACUCACUCGAGACUCUGCUGCACCGAGACGCAGAAGAGGACUGGGAAUACUCCAGUGGACGGAGACAAUCCCGGAGAGGGACAGGACUGGGAGGACACUCGCGUGCUAAUAUGCUACCGUGCUCCCCAGAGGAAGCUGAGCAUCGGGGAGUUUGACAGGAUUUCAGGGCACCUGCUCCAUACACACUGAUUAUGUGGAGGAGCUGACGUGUGCGAUGGCCAGCCAGGACCUGCAGGUUCUCAUACACACAGCUCUGUGUUACCUCCCAACAAAGCAGCCCAGCCCGAGUAUCUGACCGCACCUCCCCUCCCUCUCCCCCUUCCCUCCCUCUCCCUGGGUGCCCCUCAAUCCUGGGCCCACCAUGGGAGGAUGCUUCUCCAAACCCAAACCAGUUGAAGUUAAAGUGGAACUCUCUCUCCUGGAAAAAGAAAAAGAGGUGGACGGGCUGUCCCCUAAUGGCAAAGCGAGCCCCUUAGCUGACUCUAGACCUAACGGCGCCCUGGGACACGGCUCUGAUGAUGACUCCACACCGCUGCCCCUCUACCACAAACCACGGGACUACGUGGAGGCCUCCGUCUGUCACGUUAAAGACCUGGAAAACGGACAGAUGCGAGAGGUUGAUCUGGGAAGUGGCCGAGCGUUGUUGAUCAAAGAGCACGGGGAGUUCUCCGCCAUGGCCCACAAGUGUCCACACUACGGAGCACCUCUGGUCAAAGGAGUGUUGUCAAAAGGACACGUGCGCUGUCCGUGGCACGGUGCAUGUUUCAACAUUGCAACCGGAGACCUGGAGGACUUCCCCGGGCUGGACAGCCUGCCGACCUUCCAGGUCAGAGUUGAAAAGGACAAGGUGAUCAUUCGCGCAAACAAGCAGGCUCUUCAGUCGCAGAAAAGGUCAAAGCCCAUGGCCCGCUGCUCAGCAGUCAUUAACUCCAGCACGUGCUUUAGCCAUGUUCUCAUCAUCGGCUCAGGUCCAGCAGGUCUGGUGUGUGCAGAGACACUGAGGCAGGAGGGCUUCACCGAUCGCAUCGUCAUGUGCACCAUGGACAGGCAUCCUCCAUACGACAGGCCUAAACUGAGUAAGUCCUUAGACAGCACAGCUGAGCAGUUGAGAUUGCGCUCAAUGGAUUUCUUGCAGGAUCAUGACAUUGAACUGCUCACAGAGAAAGAGGCUGUGGCGAUAGAUGUGAAAACACGUUCUGUGACCUUUGAAGAUGGUUUGAGGAUGGAGUACAGGAAACUCUUUAUUGCUACAGGAAGCAAACACAAACCGAUGGUCUACAAAGGAAAAGACGUCAGGAACGUGUUUCACCUCAGGACGCCCGAGGACGCUAACAGCAUAGCGCGGCUGGCCAACAACAAGAACGCUGUGAUUGUGGGAACAUCAUAUGUUGGUAUGGAGGUGGCUGCAGCUCUAACUGACAAGGCCCACUCGGUGUCUGUCAUCGGGAUUGAGUCAGUCCCCUUUAAAAAAGCUCUCGGGGAGAAAGUAGGCAAAGCCAUAAUGAAGCUGUUCGAGGUCAACAGGGUGAAGUUCUACAUGCUGAACGAGGUGUCAGAGAUGAUUGGCCAUCACGGACAGCUGAAGGAGGUGGUACUGAAGAGUGGGAAAGUCCUGCGGGCCGACGUGUGUGUCAUCGGAGCAGGAAGUAUUCCUGCAACGGGCUUCCUGAAACAGAGCGGCAUCCACAUGGACUCCAGGGGCUUCAUCACUGUUAACAAGAUGAUGCAGACAAAUGCUGACGGUGUUUUUGCUGGAGGAGAUGUGGUGGUGUUUCCUUUUCUGCCACGCAACAACAAGAAGGUGAACAUCCCUCACUGGCAAAUGGCUCAUGUACACGGAAGGGUGGCAGCUCUCAGCAUGAUGGGCAGAGCCGCUGACAUCAAAACUGUACCUUACUUCUGGUCAGCCAUGUUUGGGAAGACCAUACGCUAUGCAGGUUACGGUGAUGGAUUUGAUGAUGUCAUUAUACAAGGAGAUCUGGAUGAACUAAGAUUUGUGGCAUUUUACACCAGGAGUGAAGAGGUGGUCGCCGUUGCCAGCAUGAACUAUGAUCCUAUUGUAUCCCGAGUGGCAGAGGUCUUGGGAUCCGGAAAGACGAUUAAGAAACGAGAUGUGGAGACUGGAGACAUUUCCUGGUUGAAUGACAAAGGCUCUCAAUGACUUCACAUCGGAAGGACAGACCCAAAUAUAUGGACACUUAUGGUGCUGAGAAUCUGAGCAGCUAUCCCGGUCUGGACACACACACACACACACACACACACACACACACACACGCGCACACACACACACACACACACACACACGCGCACACACUGGGGAAAGGACCGUGUCUCUUGGAGACACACUCUCCUGAGGACAACACUGAAACUUGCUUUUGUUCCUGAGAGACACUGAAGGUGAUAUGCGGAGCAACGCACGGUCUGAAUCGCUGUGUUGGUCUUUCCUGACAAAUUUCACAAACAAAGCAAUACUGCAUUCAGCCUCUGUGCUGCUGCAAGUUGUAUCUACCUGUACACUUUGUUUAUAAGAAGCCAGGGAUGGGCAUUGGCUUUUUUUUUUUUUUUUUACAAAUAACAUUGUAUAUAGAUAUAAUCCUGUAUGCACUGUUACAAGAUAAUAACAUACAAUUUGAACUGAAGUUUUAAAUGGCAGGUUUGGUUGUAUGCUCACAUUCAGGCCUUAGAUCUGCAUGCUAUAACUUACUUUGAUGCAUGAGUUAAAAAUAAGUCCAUAAACAGAGUAUCCAAUCUAGAUACAUCUGCAAAAGAAAUCUGCUCAAAACAAACUGCAGAAGACCCCUGAAUGCAGCUUUAACAAACUCAAAAACACACACAUGCAGCUUUAAUUUAUGACAAAUGAAAAUUUCUAAACAUUACCACAUCUUUGUAUUGGCUGCUUUGCUACGGUGGUGAAUUGCACACAUUCAAUUAAAAUCAUACUUUGAUCACACACUAGUGCAUGCACAAUAAAUUAAUGUAUUUUCUAGAGAAUAUUACCCCUUUAGAUAAAUCCAAUAGAAGUUUAGGGUUAUUUUGAUAGCGGUCACCUCCAUUGGUAUAUUAUUUGUUACUAACUCAGGGAACUGAGGUUUGUCACCUGGAUUUACAGUCAAAUUAAGCAGAAAUUAAUUUGUUGCUUUGAUACUUGUUUUCCCAGUUAUUGUAAUUUCCCCGGUUCUCUUAUGUUCAUUCAGAAUUGCUUGUAAUGGGUAUAAAGCGGAUGCUUGAUUACAUCCUGGUGUGCGAUGUAAGCCCUGACACACAAGUCAACUCAGCGUUUUAAAAAGGAUCAUUCUUCCUGCAGAGAAGCCCUGAAGGGCACUUUUAUAACUAAACUUUUAAAUAAAAGUCUUCCAACA